CAACACAAAGGUGACACAACUUCAUCUCACAGCACAUAUUAUAUCAAAUCUUGAGUAACAAUAUGUCUUCGGCCCGCUUCGUCUUGCUCUCGCUUUGUUCCGCCCUCCUCCUCCGGGCUGCCCUCAGUGCCGACCCUCUCUUCCACUUCUGCUCCACCUCCGAGAACUUCACCGCAAACAGCCCGUAUGAAUCAAACCUCAACAAGCUCACCAGCUUCCUCUACACACAGACCCCUUCCUCGGGCUUCGGCCUCGGCUCCAUCGGCCAGUACCAAGACCAGGUCUUUGGCCUCGCGCUGUGCCGGGGCGAUGCAUUGCCCUCAGACUGCAAGGCCUGCGUGGCCGACGCUGGCGCCGAGAUCCGCCGCCGCUGCCCUCGCAACAAGGGGGCGAUAAUCUGGUACGACGAGUGCAUGUUCAAGUACCUCGACACCGACUUCUUUGGCCAGAUCGACAAUGCCAACAAGUUCUACAUGUGGAACCUGAACAACGUGAGCGACCCUAAGGCUUUCAACAGCAAGGUAAGGGGGCUGCUGACCGGGCUGGUCGAGGAGGCUUACGCGGUGCCAAAGCUGUACGCGACAGGAGAGAUGGCACUGGAGGAUGAGACAAAGCUGUACGGAUUGGUGCAGUGUACGAGGGAUCUGUCGGCAACUGAGUGCAAGGAGUGUCUGGACGGCGCGAUCGGCGAGCUUCCGAGCUGCUGCGACGGGAAGGAAGGUGGGCGAGUGGUUGGCGGGAGCUGCAACUUUAGAUACGAGAUUUACCCUUUUGUCAAUGCUUAAGAGUCCUAGCUCAAGGACCUAAGUGUGGUUUAAUUAUUCUCCAGCUAGGAUGUUCCUAGUGUAAUACAUGGUAAAUAAAUUGAAGGCGAGUGUGUGAAUUUACCUGAAACUCUUUCAUUAUUUGAAUGGUUUCUAUAGGUCGUUUGCAAAUAGAAAUUCGAUGUCUUUAUCAAUA